UUCUUCUGUCAAAAUCCCAAAUUUUCUAAGAAAUCGGGGAAUUUGGCAAGUUUGUCUGUUUGUGUGCUCAGACGGCCGCCGCACCAGUUCGGUUCAAGUUGAAGGCAAGGGAAUAUUAUUUUUAGCCAGUAGGCCACAGCUAAGAACACUGCUGGUCUGUCUAAAAAUUUUCUUUUUGGCUGUGUCUGCAAAUAAAUCAAACACCUUCGUAUCACAUCAAGAGAACUAAAAGCAAAAUCAGGAAAAAUGCCCAUCAUUCGCCUGGAGUCUGCGGACAAGGAGAUAUUCGACACGGACCAGGAGAUCGCCAAGUGCUCGGAAACGAUUCGCACGGCUCUCGAGGAUUUGGGCGACGAGAGCGAUAACAGUGUGCUGCCCUUGCCGAAUGUCAACUCGCUGAUCCUGAAGAAGGUGCUCCACUGGGCCACCUACCACAAGGACGAUCCCAUGGUCACCGAGGAGGAUGAGAACAAGGAGAAGCGCACCGAUGACAUAUCCUCGUGGGAUGCCGACUUCCUCAAGGUGGACCAGGGCACCCUGUUCGAGCUGAUCCUGGCCGCCAAUUACCUCAACAUCCAGGGUCUGCUGGACGUCACCUGCAAAACGGUGGCCAACAUGAUCAAGGGCAAGUCGCCGCAGGACAUCCGCGACACUUUCGCCAUCAACAACGACUUUUCGCCGCAGGAGGAGGAGCAGGUGCGCAAGGAGAACGAGUGGUGCGAGGAGAAAUAAUAGGACACGCCUCUCUUUAAAAUUGCCAAGGAGGCUUAGUUCGAUUCCUAUUUCUUAUAUUAUCAAAAUAAAUCAUUGCAAAACUA